AUGGGAUCGGGUUCCAGAUGUGAGUUCGAAGAGGUUGAAUCCUCCAGCCUGAAGCCGGGAUUCGAGCAGGAAGUGACACAACCGCUGCUGAUUCGGAGCGCUGAACAGGCGAUGCCUCUAUCAAAUAUCCUAGACUCCUUUGGCAAUGUAACGCUGUACAUCACCGAUGGCAUUGAGAAUCAAGCACAGCAUGGGUUCACUCAAGGUGAGGAGAUACGAGCAAGAGAUUUCCUGCAACGCCUGGACAGCAACACGUCCAUCCCAUACGCUUUCAGACAAUGUCAUCUCAGUCCAAGCUGUGAUGAAGACGUAGCAAACACGGUUGGCAUCCCGAAGUUUUUCAGGGAGACCGCGCGAGAGCUCUUCCUGGCGAUCGGCAUCUCCCCAGGUUCCUUUCCCUUACACAGCCACGAUCGGACGUGGGCACUACUACUCGCCGGAAGCAAGGAGUGGCUCGCCAUGCCACCAGGCAAGCUCCCACUCCGUCCCUAUCUUCAUCAUGACCAAGCGUCAUUGAAGAGAGCUGGUUUUCGAUACUGCUUGCAACAUGCUGGCGAAGUUGUAUUUUUACCACGAGGUUGGUGGCAUGCAGUUUUUGUUCGAAGCAGUAGCUUUACCGUCGGUGGUCAGGGAACGUCUAAAGGCUUAGUCUUCAGCGCAUGCCGGGGAGACCUUGCAGCCUUUAGAAGCAGCCGAACCCAUGAGUUUGAAAAGAUGGACGCAAGCGGGAUCAGCAUCGCUGGACAUGCAGCCAGAGCCGGUCACACGGCCCUUCUUUCAGCAUUUCGGGAAAGAGGCGCAAAGUUGGACUCGCAAGAUGCAAAUGGGUGGACGCUGGCACAUCAUGCAGCGAAGCUUGGCCAUGUUGCCGUGAUACAGUGGUUAGGUGAAAAUGGCUUCAGCACGAGCGGAAAAAACAAGAUGUCCUGGGGCCCUUUGCACACCGCGGCGAAAGCUGGACACCAGGGAGUGAUCGAAGCGCUUCUGCGAGCUCGAUCAAUGGUGGAACCAGACAAGGAAGGCAGAACACCUGCUCAAAUUGCCGCCGCCCACGGGCACAUCGCUGCUGGGAGCAUCUUGCAUGCCGGGCAUCCGAGAGCCAGUACGAACCUGUGGCAGAUGGCCACUGCUUUCGCCCUAGUCCUGGCCGUGAUGAUUUGGAGGUUCUUUGGGCAGUUUGGGCUCCGGCAAAAGAAUGACAUGCCAGCUUUACGAAACCACAGACUCCAGCAAGAUUCCGCAGCACGUAGAUGUGACUGGAUUGUUUGGCGAACUUCCCGAGGACCAGAGAUCCUGGCAUUCCUUGCCAGCCUCGCUGGCGGAGAGGCAAAGCGGCCGCGACGCAGGCGCUGGCAGCCCCUCCGAACUUCAGGUCAAGGACGCUUGGAUGACUUGUUGGCAGCCGCCGAGGCCGCAACACCAAAGUCUCUCUGGGAUGCCGAUGAGUCCACAGCCCGCGGGAGCCUUUCCACAGCUACGGCUUUAGACCAGCGUGAGCUUGGCCACUGCACUGCAGGCAGAGAUGCCGAGUCGAACGGUGCAGGCUGCACGAAGUUUUCCGCGUUUAUAGCGGCCAGUCGCACAUGUGAAAUUUUGGACGAGGAAGAACAUGCAGAAGGACGUAACGGCUGUGAGAACUUUGCAGAGAUGAAGCGGGCCGUUGCCCUGCCAACGAGCCCCGGCUGUGAUGAUCCCAGCCAUGCCAACAGUCCGGAGUUGGAGCAGCGAAACCGCUCAUGGCCCGGAAGUUUCCUUCAGCUCGGCGUGGGCGUCAGGUCCUCCGCUGUGGAAGAUGUGUUCCGUCUCUGCGCCGUCUCGGACGGCCUUCAGGCUGACGAAGCUCUUCGGAAGCAGAAAGAAACCCGGCGGAUGAUUGGUCUUGAUCCUUCAAAGGGUCUGCUCUGUCCAAGCCAAUCCACCCGCAAAGGAGAACAGAAACCUGCACCAAGUCCCAAGCUGGGCAUCACAGUCCUGCUUCGGCUGACCGAGAACAACGGGUCCUCAUCCAUUCCUGUCCCAUAUCGCAUGCUAGCCCUGAAAGUCGAUCUGCUGCAGCGGCUAGCAGACUGGCAAAGCACCAAGCCCGGAAACGUUGUGGGCAAGAUCGCUGACGCUGCAGUGUCGGCACUCCCACGUGGCCCAAUCGGUUAUCCGGCUAUGAAUACGGUGUCGGUGAAAGCACAGCUCCACCGGGAACUUGGCCUCCUCGCCAUCAAAAGCUCCUUGCUCAGCACUGCAGAUUGGAAUCCGACUCACAGCUCGAGCACGGCAGACAUCCUGCGAGAGGCCUAUCGCGAAAACCGCGAGGCCUACCGCCAGGGUCGGGUAGACGCCGAGAUCUGCGUCGCUGCCGGAGAAAAUGCGAAGGCUGGCAAGAAGCGCACCGGCGAAUCAGGCAUCUCCAGAGCAACGACACCCACAGCACAAACAGGUGACUACGAAGCCACCCAGCUGCCCCAGCUCUCGGACGACUGUGAGCCUGAUGCCUGUGCUUCGGCUUCGGCACGAUCGGCACUCCUGCUGGAUUUCGUGCAGUCGCGUUUGAAGCAGUCUGAGAUGCUGACAGAGCUCUUUGCUGCCCUGCCAGAAGAUCCCUACGAGUACAUGACAUAUCACCUGGCAUCUCGUCGCCCUGUUCGACCGCCCCAGGACCAGAAGCUUAUCAGCAGCGGGGUCUUGUGGGCUUUGCUGCCGGGAGGUGAUCCAAUGUCUCUAGAGCAGUGGCGACUGCGGCGCUGCUGGUUGACGGAGAAAGGCAUCUUGUGCGUCAGUAACUCCGCCGCGGAUGUCGUGCGCGACGACGCUGGUGGUGUCGUGGUCUCACCGCCCGAAGAUCCUGCACCUCAGGAGUAUCCCCUCGAGAAAGGGGCCACCCACAGGGAGCUGGAUGAGGCGGAGGCCUCUCGACCCUUCGCCUUCCAGGUGGCGGUGAAGCCCGGACCCUUGGCCCACAGAGCCGACAAGGAACAAGAUGGUGGCCGCUGGGUGCUGCAACUGGCAGCCAGCUCCGAGGAUCAGCGCAACGAGUGGUUCAGCUUGUUUGCACCCUUUUCACAAGCAGCAGUGCUGCCCUCCAUGGCGCCGCCAUCUGAACUACCCUCUGUGAGCGAGGAGUAA